CAGCCGAGCCGGCCGCCAUUCGCGCGGCGGCAUCGCCCCACGACGAACGUGUGACCGCGUUCGAUCAACGAAAACAGUCGAAAAGUUUCCCAACUUUUUUAAACGGGCCCAUGAUACAACACUUUUUUCUCCAGAACCAGCAGUGCGGUGAAAUAAAAGUGGUCAAUCUUGACGAGUGUUUGUGAAGUGCGUCCACGUUUUUUUUAUGCGAUCGCAAUUUACCGUUUCAAUUGUACUUUACUGUUUUGUUCGAUAAAAAAGCGCGUAAGCUAAGUUGCAAUAUUCGUCGAGAGGGCCGUAUAUGGUACAGUUGAAUCUUGGGGGCUGGCGUCGGUGAAAGUAGACCUUUGUUAAGUUCAAAAGGACACUGGCGCGUGCAACUGGCUCGAAACUACACGUUUCGCCUGCAGUUUGCGAGAAGGUCUUGUCGGGGCGAUCGGUUACCAUGGCAACGGUUACUGAAACAAACCCCUGAAACCAACGGGAGCGGGCUCGAAUGUCGGGCGGCGGCGGCGGGGGCCUCAUGUCGUGUGUGCGCGAGGGCUCGCUGGAGCCGCCUUACCGACCGCCCAUCUCCGACACACACAACCAUGGCGAAGGGCGUACGGGGCGUUUUCUCCGGGGCCUCCGACGCAUGUUCAAGAGGCGCGGCAGUGGCGCCCGCGCAGACGCCUCGCCCGACCCCAAGAGCAGUUCCACUUCCGAACUGCUGGACGCUGACCGACAUGCUAGACGAAAGGAGGGUGCGUACGGCAGCGGGUUAUCCGUGUCUCAUGACUCGGUGUUCACGGGCGAGCGGUCGGGAGACGAGUCGAGCGACGAGAGACCCACUCCUGCGCACGGGCUGGCGCACGUCGCCACAUCGCAUCGGGCGGAGUUAGUGGCGGCAGUCAGACGGCGGGGGCGCGGUGACGGGAGCGAUGAUGAUGAAGACCUGGGCCUGCCGCAGAGCCCACCGGCAUCACCUCCCACUGACAAGGUUGAAAAGCGGCACCAUGCGGGCAUAUCGCAGUCCUCGUGCAGUGAUGGGUCACUCCUCAGCGUGGGCUCCUCGGAGAUGGACGAGGACAGCAGCAGCGGACACCAUCACUCGCACGACCACUCCAGGAGUGACCACUUCGACUUUUAUAACACGUCGGAGCCGCCAUCAGGCGUGGCGCCGCUGUCGCACUCGGCGGCGAAGCACAAGAUGGCGGUGCGGCCGCGCAGGACGCACGGCGCCCCACGACGCAAGAAAAACAACCCAAUUGCCACAUCAGCCUUGCCGAUAACGCCCGAACUGAACGAAGAAAUGAUACGAAGCACUACUCCUGAAGUCAGCCACAAGCAUUCAGAAGUGGUUACUGAAUCAUUCUCUUCAUCGACCACUACGAAGCAUCAUAAAAUCGUUAAAGAACAGCAUCAGCACGUGAACAGGGAACUCCAAAGAGUUCUGGAGACUCCGAGCGACACCAAACUGAAGUCCUCGUCCUUGCCUCCCGGCUUAGCCCUCGGCCAGCUAGUCGGCCAGUCACCAGCAAAACUUAGCAUAGCAGAGUCCAACACACCACGGUCUUCGAUCAAAAGAAGUCAAUCCAGCUCCCAAGGGCAGGCCCUUAGAGAGAGCUCGUCAAGAACACACGAGGAAACCAUCCAAACUUACCAUUCGGAAGAAAGGAUGACUAAGUACCGCAUGGACAAGAAAGCCGAUGAAUCUUGCCUCGAGAAGAAAUCUAAGUCAGACAAGAAGUCAGAAAAUGAAGCGAUAAAGUCAUCCAAGAAGGAAGAAUCGUUCUUCAGCAGACUUCGACUGAGGAAGAGUGGGAAGAAAUCUAAAAAGGAUCAAACAGAUGGAGAUGGUCAGCAAGAGACUAAGAAGUCUAAAACUGAGAAGCCUCCAGCGCAGUAUAAACCUGUUGAUACAGAAAGAAGUUUUAAUGAGGGACAAGGGUACAAGCCGGUACCUGCUGAAAGAACACACAAGUCUGCUGGACAGAAAGCUUUCGCCAACCAAAUGCAUAAGAGGUUGGACAAUAAAGGCGCUUACGUGCAAGACAGUGCGUACAAAGAUGUGUACAGCGCUGUCAAAGUCCCCGGUGUCGAAUACAAUAUUACUGAUCUCAAAAUUGCUGAAGAAACUGAUAAAAUGUUGAAUCUAGAAAUGAAGAGUCGUUACAGCAGACGCGAGGAAUUCUGUGAAAAGAUUGAGAGGACUAAACGAACUUCUUCUAAAGAGACUAUUGAAGAUAAGAGGGAAUCUUUCAACUUGCAACUUGAUAAGAAUAAGAGACCAGUGUCUGUACAGCGAUUGGUCGAUCCAUUUUCCUCAAAAGCAUUUAUUAGUAAUGAACUGUUGAACAGGUCCCAGGAAGAGUCUCCAGUGAUCUCAGACGACGAACCGCCAAUCAGAGCGAUGCGCAUCAAAAAUGUUCAUAAUGAUUAUAACUUAUUCACUAGUAGUGGAAGCAUGCCUAAAAACAUACCGUACUUCAACGCUAGCAUGCUUACUUCGACGUCACCUCCCAAAUCGGCUAGGCAUCAGAGUUCCGACAACAUCAAGCACAGGUCGACCGAGCACGUUUCCGAUUUUACUGAGAAAUUGAUCGAAUGCAAACGUGAAUCGACGCGACACACUUCCAAAACUGAGGAGUCUUACGUCACAUCUGCCAUGCGGUCCCUCGGAGACGAGUUCGUGGAGACUCGCAGCAGCAUCGGCAAGUCACACAGCUUCCGAUACGCGUCAGAGACGACGUCCAUCAGCUCCCAGGAGAACCAGAUGCCUAGUCUACCCGCCAUCGUCGGCAUCUCUGAACCGUUGCUAGAAAGCUGGGAAGUCAACUACAGGAGGAACCUGAGCGAACGAAACGAUUUCUCCAAAAGGAUUUCCGCCAGAAACUAUAAUAUAAUGCACGGCACUGCAGAAGCUAACUACGAUAGCUUGCCAAGUACCGACAGCAGUUACUUGGAUAGCCUCAAAACUGAUGCCAAUGAAGACAGAAAACUCUUCACUAACAGCAUUCAUAUUACAAUGGAUAAUAAGCGCGACAGCGAUAUUUCUCAAAUAGAGGCUAAAAUUGAUGAUAUUAUUAGUUCGCCUAAGCCCAUUAUUGCCCCAAUACUCAAGUCUAGUUCUUUAGAUAGCAUUAAGAGUAGCCCAGAGAAACCGAUAGAUGAUAGACGGAAAACCAUAUCUGUUGAAAGUGCUUUGAGUGCCAAACAUAGUACGCAGAAAGAAUCAAAAUCUGAAACUGAAAGUUUUAUAUCAGUGACUCAUAUUAAUAAGGAACAAACCCCGGUCAAAACGGUGGAAACACCAAAAAUAAAUAAAAGUGAAGAGAAAUUACAGAAAUCUGGAUCUAAACCGAAAGUUCCAGAGUUUUUAAACAUUCAAUUGAACAAAGUUGAUGCUAAACCAACGACAAACAUUGUGUUGACAGCUAACGUUACGCCAAAGAAACUUGAUAGUCCACAAGCGGAGAAAGAACAAGAAAUUGAAUGUUUCCAAAUAACUGAAACCAAGACACAGAAUAUUCCUGUGAGAAAAGAAUCUAUUAAGAGCAACAAUUUUGUUGAAAAUAUUAUUGAGAAUACUCAAAAUGAUGACAAGAACUCUCCACUGAGUGGGAGAAAAUCUGUUAUACCUAUUAUACCACAGAGCCCUUCUACUCCAAAAGCAUUCUUCAAGAGGAAAGCCAUGAGCGUUGAACUGCAAGACAGACCAGAGAAACCGCGAACAAACUCUAUGAGUACUGAAGGUAGCACCGAGAGAAUUUACGAUAACAUAUCCAUGGAUCAGAAAUCCCAUUCGAGCUUCGGAAGCAAGAGUUCCAUUCAGAGCACGGACAGCAAUGACAUCAAAACUCCUGACAGACACGACGAGACAGUAGUUUACCGCAAAAAACCUGGAAUCAUUUCCAAAGAACUUCGAGGCGAUAGGAAAAACGAUGACGAACCAGAGUUAAUGAAAGUCUUCGCCCGAAGAUCUUUGAAACUAAAAGAUUCAGAAGCCGAUAGCAUUGCCCAGGAUAUAGCUGCGAAUAACAACAAAGAAGAUGGCGACGUUCCACCAACAAGGAGUAAGAUAUUGAAAAACGAAUUUAACGCGUCUAUAAAGUCUAGGGAUAGUGAUAAGGAAAACGAAGAUGUAAUAAAAGAAGAAGAAAAGAGAUUGGUGGACAUUGCUGCCCGUGUCAGUCAGUUUGGUGCCCCACAUUAUCAAAGAAGUGUCAGCAUCAACAGUGUAUCUAAUCUUAAGAGAGAUAGCGCUCCAGUUUACAGAAGCGAAGUAAACAAAUACAAGAAAGAGGUAUCGGACUCCACUCCGGAGAAGAGACUUAGAAAUAGAACGUUCCCUGACCCAUCAAAUGACAGAGAGGACAUUAAGAACAUUGCGAAGAGCGAAGCUAUGGCUUAUAAAGCCGACACUUUGACAAAACGACCGUGGCAGAAGAAUGAGGAUAAAUUCAGAUUGUCGGUUGAGAAGGAUAGGAAAGAAAGUGCUGUGAUACCCAAGGAUGGGGAGAUAGAGAAGGAGGAAGAUGGAAGGGAGAAGGAAGCUGCAGGGGAGGCGGAUGCGUCUCCUCAGUUUAAAGGGAUUCUGCAGAUGCGGGCGGAGUGGGAGCGACGAGCUAAGCAGGGCAUGACCAAAUAAUACUGGUGCUAGGUACAAGGAUGUUGGGGAGUUUGCUGUAAGAAAUCGCGUUACACUUAGUAUAUAAUAUUAUAAAUAAAUAGUUUUAACUAGCUUAGUACAUUCUAAUCGGCAAAUAUCGAAUGUUAUUGAGACGUAUUAAUUUAAUAGUUUAUCUGAUGUUAAGCCAAUGUAUUUUUGAUCGUUAUUACAAUAAUAUAGCAAAUAGUUUCUAUUUUAUUAAACAAAAACACUAUUAAUGUAUUGAACCGAUCAAUAUUCGUGUAUGAUGACGGAAUACAAAUUUUAUUCAUAUA